AUGGUGGUACAGGAGAAAAGCCGGGUGGAGAUGAUGGAGGGAAACCAGCAGAGGGUGGAGGUGAACAUCCUGCUGCUCGGCGCUCACAAUGUCGGCAAGUCCGCUCUCACCGUCAGAUUUCUGACCAGACGAUUCAUCAGCGAGUACGGUGAUAUCGAGUCAGUUUACAGCCGAGUCGACAGAAUUGAUGGGCAGGAGAUUUGCUUCAACAUCUGGGACUCUCAGUACACACAGGCUGGAGAGAAGAGUCCCUCCAUCAGUGACAAACAGCUGCACUGGGCUGACGGGAUGAUCCUGGUCUACAACAUCUGUGACCGCAGCAGCUUCGAUGUCGUCCAGCAGCAACUGCAGCAGAUCCGUCGCAGCCGGAAGCCGUCAUCUGUCCCCAUCAUCAUCGUAGCAAACAAACGGGACCUACAGCGGCACCGCAGCGUCUCUGGAGAGGAGGGACGGCUGCUCGCUCUGUCCCAACACUGCGGUUUCUUCGAGGUGUCGGCGGCCGAGACGUACCACGGCGUCCUGCUGGUGUUUCACCGACUGGUUGACCUCGUGAAAGAGACCCGAGCGAUAAGAAAGAGCACGGCCGGCGUCCGAGGGAUCGUCAGGAGCGUGUCGGCAGUGUUUGGAAAGAAACGGGCGGAGUAGAUUCAACAUGCAAAGGUUAUUUUUGGUGAGUCUGAUGAGGUGAUGGCAUCAGAGUGAGAACUUCCUGUCAGAUGCCUCCUGAGAAAAGUCGAAGGUCAGAUACGAGAUGGACCGAGGAGGUUGAGAGCACGAUUCUUUGUUUGAAGGUUGACGAUAAAGCUGGUCAAAGAAAAGUUGUGUGAGAGCAAAGAGGGGCAGCUGGAGCUGAAGACCUUCAGCCGAGCUCGCAGGGAGGCGAUAAAUAUCUGUUUUAUCAGACACUGGCAUGAAGUUUGCUUCAUCUUCCUCAGAGGAUGAAUCCUAAUCACCCUGGUGGUCCUCUGACUCUUCCAAGGAGAAAAGAGUUUUAACGUCCAUCAGAUCAACUGAGCAGCUGGCUCCACAGAGGAAGAAUCCAGUCGACUGCGGUCAUCUAACCUCUGAUUUUCAGUCAUUCUGGUUCCCGUUCCAGACGACUGGCCUAUUUUUAACAUUAAUGGUGUCCAGAUGAUGAUGAGUAUUAAAAUGUCACAUAGGGCUCAGGGAUAUGUGCCCUGCAUAGAAACAAAUUGUGCUUCAGUGCCAUCAUGGGGCCAACACUUCAAUGUGUUCCAUUCUUUGGUUUAUGACCAAAUGUGUGCAAUAAUACAGACUGUAGCGUUUGCCUUGUGUAUAAGCGUAACGAGCAUAAAACAUAUUUACCUUAUUGCCUGAAAACAUUUUAAAAACUCUGAUCCUUGGAAACAUCUGAAAUCAUGAGGACGCUGCAGCCUGUUGGACUUUUAGUGUCGUCAAAGUUUUGAGAGUUUUUAAUUCAUCAGUUAAUUACAUUUCUGUUGGAUUAAAAACUGGUUUAAAUGUGUAUUUGCUGACUAUCUGUUUUUUUUCUGGCUGUGAUUUAAAACUUUGUUGGUUUUCAUUGUUUCAAACUAAACAUCAGAGACGUUUCGGGGUUUCUGCAGGUUCCCCCAACCCUACAUUUACACCUUCUGGGACGUGCAGAAAUCGUGGGGUCAAUCUUUAACUCCUGACUGUCUGAGUGUUUUAGAACGCCCCAAACUCCAUCUGUUUCAGUGGCCUGGUGUCACAGCUGAUGCCAGAUAUCUGGGAUAUACAAGAAUAAAAGAACUGCACUGUAAAAUGUGUGUCGGUGAAUGAAGGCUGCUUCUUUUUGUAAAUAAAUCUAUUUAUUCAGA